CUGUACAAUUAUACAUAUACAUGUGUAUGUUAGACUAUACAUGUGUAUAUGUUUCAUGGCUACUCAUUUACACGCACGUGUGUUUUCAAUGUGACACAUGGUUUUGGCAUUUGUUUAGUAGAAACGUCAAAUGCACACCAUCACCAAAAAAAAAGAGAAACAAUCAAAUAUGUCCGAACUACAGAAUAUUUUCCAAAAUAAACAAUUUAAAUGCAGUGUGAGUUCCGUACUGAAUAAGGAUGUUAAACAAUACGGAAAACCGUUUAUGUUUGAUGGGCUAGAAGACACAGCUUGGUAUUCCGAUCAGGGUCUACCACAAAGCAUAAAUAUUGUGUUCAACGAACCGCUUGAAUCAUUGAAUUUGAGUUUGUGUCAGCUGAAGAUAAAGUUUCAAGGCGGUUUUGUCGGAAAUGUUAUGACCGUGUCACUGGAUGAUAUCAAUAGUCAAAAUAUUUAUAAAAAAUCUUUCUAUCCAGAUGAUAUAAACGAUUUGCAAACAUUUACACUUGAUGCCAACACAAAUGGAAAAUCACUAGGAAAUGUUAGAAAAUUAUCGAUUGUAUUUGAAAAAAGUUCCGACUUUUUCGGUCGUAUUAUCAUCUACAGCCUAGAAUUAAUGACAUAAAUGACUGACUAUACCCCUUUAUAAACCCUCCAUGGAAGAAUAAGAAAAAGAAAAACGAAGAAGAAAACGAAUAAUAAAAUGAAAAACUACAUGCUUUGUACAAUACAUAAAGUGA